AUGUCUUCGUCCAUUCUCCCACGCGUUGAUUUCACCGAACAGCUCAGUGGCGUAAAUAUCGAGGAACUGGCGGCAGACUACGAGGAGAACACCGUCGAAAACAAAAGCUGCAAGUCAAUAGAAACCUACACGGACGAACAGGUGGGACAGCUCCUAAAUUCCAUCGCAAAGGAUGUCUUCACAAUCCUUGGUAUCAAUCUGGAUCGGAACCCGAAAGCGUUCCAAGCGCUGAUCGAAAAAAUGAAGUCAACCCAUCUCCUUGAUAAGACAUUUUACCAUAAGUUCGGCGCGAUCAAGCAUAUUACUGAGAAGAUCGAAGAAAUGGGCGAAUUGAUCGACGAACAUGGAAAAGAUCUUAUGAUCCCAUGGCCGUUGAUCGCAGUGCUGGUGGCAGCAAGAUACAUCAGAAAGCUGGGGAGAUGGGGGACAACCGACCGACUUACAAUCCUAUGCAACCACUACUAUCUGUUCGAAAAGGCAGCGACGGCAGCGGCUGCAUUCAAUGAGUCGAACGAGGAACACUUUCUGGUCAUCAACAAUUGCCCACCGCACUUAUCCUGCAUCGGAAACGUCUUGCCUCGAGAGAGCAGAGAGAGAAAACCACCAAAAAAGACAACCAAGAAGCCACAGACGAACAAGGACGAUGAGGCGGACGGAGAGGAUGAGGCGGACGGAGAACCCGAGAAUGCCGCGGAAGACGAACAGUCGGAGAUAGUCGAAACGGAUUUCACAGGACCUGAAGAAAACAUCAUGGGCUUACUCGCGGCCAUGGACUCAUCGGAAGAGAUGGACCCAGCAGUUACACGUCCGCCAUCCCGUACAUACAAGGUCCAUAUCACAAUCAAGAGAGAACACAUCGAACACAGACACGCGGAUCUGUUCGGCAAACUGAUGUGUUCUGACUUUGCGGACCAGAGAUCUUUGGAAGGCCAAAUUGACGCAAUCCAACCAGAAGAGAGGUCCGUACUAUCACCAGAGACGAAAAAGAAUAUCCGUAUGUGGGCAAAUCUCGUCGGCCGCGCGGACAUCGAAGCAGACAUGAAGAGACGAAUCGACGAAGACCUAGCCGAAUGUGUCUCGACAAUCGAAGAUACUGUACCCUACGUCCUCAAUUGGACAUGCGAUCCACUAUAUCAACUGGGAAAUCAUGCACACGCUAUGGCGCUGAGGUCGUCGGACUCGUAUCACAAGCACGCGUGGACACUGUUCGGAUGGAGGCUGAAGAAGGGUGCCCAAUACGUCGGAAACUACAUCAGACGCUUGGAAAGCAAGACGAUAACCCGCGAGGAUGUCGAACGGAUCGUCCAAUCGAGCUUAGACAGCAGCAGCACGGUCAACCCCGGGGAUUUGUCGCGAAUUACCCUCGAGAACGUACGACUGCACCAGCAAAAUACCCUCCUGACGAAGGAGAUCGAAAGGAACAAGAAGCUGACGGAGGGGAUCGAAAGGUUGACGGAAGAGAUCCAAAGGUUGAAUAGCGCGACGGACAACACGGGCAUGUUUGGCACAGCUGUCGGCGCAUUCAGCGGGUCCCUCGACGAAGCUAUGGAAGCUACCGACGUAGUCAAGACCGUCGAAAGCAUGGGUGCAACUAAUGCCGAAGGUUUUAACAACGAGGCUGGGGGUGAGAUGAACCUGUCGGAAGGAGAGGCCGAAGACGCCAUUUCAGCACCGCUGGAACGAGAACUGGCGAACGAACCACAGGUCGCCGGAGAAGCGAGUGGCGAGGAGCCAGUGGUGCACAGGACGAGAGGCAUGAAGCGUCGCAGCUCUCAGAUCAGCGGAAGCGAACCGUUAGAGAAAUGA